CAAGACUCUCACUGAGUCUCAGACGAGGAUGAACGUUCAACACGUCGCCAAUACGUUGCCCAGAGCUGUGCAUUGUGCCUACUUUUGUAAUCCUAAACUCUAUAAGUCUUUUGUUACCCUCGGCUUCGAGAGGAUCGAAUCAGUUCAAUCAGUCAGACGACCAUUGUUUCCAAGUUUGGUUCCUCGACUUGCCGUGUUUUGUUGUGCGCGAGUCGCUUCAGUGCCAGCCGCUCCUCCCCUUCUUCUCCCAUUAUACCAAGGAGAGUUUAACAAUUUCAAUAUUUCGGUGACAAUUUCCGCCGGUUUGCCCGCCGUUGGUUUCCCAUGCAUCGGCGCCUAUAGACGGACUAGCGGCCUAUAAUAUAUAUAUAGUGCAGAUCUUCACUGUUGCUGGUACAGAUUUUGCUUCCGGUCGAGGUCGCCUCUUAUCCAAAGCUUCUACGAUGCGCUCGAUCAUCCCCGUGACAAAAGUGAAAUCCUCUUGAACGUUGGUCAGUCAGAAUGCUGACGUCGUUGUUAAUGACGAACGUGCAUCUCAAAUGCAAUUCCAAUUUUGAUCUAUUGAUGGACCUGAUGCGCUUUUAUAAAGUGACGGCCAUGCGCAAAUCUGUUCCUUGUCUUCCUUGACCUCAACCAUAUACCAUGAAGCCAUCUAGCGGCUGCAUAGCUACCUUGUUUCUGUCUGCCUCUCUUUGUCUGGGAAGACCACGCAUCGAUGACCAAAUCGCGUUUUUGGAGUCUGGCAAUUCAUCGCUGUUGAAGUACCCGUCGGACUUCACAAGGAACAUAGUGCCCAAGCCAAUGCAUUCGCAUAACGACUAUUGGCGCGACGUACCUCUUUUGACGGCAUUGAGCUUUGGUGCCGCUUCCGUAGAGGCAGACGUCUGGCUAAUUAAUGGGACGUUAUUUGUCGGGCACGAAUUAGCCGCUCUUUCAGAUGACCGAACCUUCGAUGCGCUCUAUGUCCAACCGCUUGUUGGUAUCAUUGAAAUGCAAAAUCCCCAAAAUAAGUUCACCGUGAACCAAACUUCCUUAAAUGGCGUCUUUGACAUGGCUGGCGAUAUACCACUUCAACUUCUUGUUGACAUUAAGACGGAUGGCGUUGAAACACUACCUGCGGUCCUGCAAGCACUUGAGCCCCUUCGCGAGCGUGGAUAUUUGACAACCGUCAGCAAUGGUUCUAUCUCGCUGAAGCCGUUGGUUGUUGUCGGGACGGGGAAUUCGCCGCUGGACCCAAUCAAAGCUCUUGAGCCACGAGACUAUUUCUUCGACGCGCCGCUUAACCAGCUCACUAACUCUUCUCUUAACAUGACUUGGGAUAUCACACUCUCGCCGAUUGCAAGUUGUGAUUAUGGUGCAGUGGUCGGUUGGAGUGGAAUUGAAAAUAUUACCGAUGAGCAGCGGACCACUAUUGUGUCGUUGGUAAAUGAUGCGCAUUCGAGGGGCAUCCGGGCACGGUUUUGGGAUACGCCGGGCUGGCCUAUUAAUGCAAGGACGAAUGUGUGGCGGGAGUUGUUAGAUGAUGGUGCGGACUGGUUGAAUGUGGAUGACCCUGAGGCUGCCAGCCAAUUUUGACCGAGGGAUGUGUUAUGGGCUAGUAAACGGUUUACUUUAGCUGGUUGUAUUCAAAGAGUUUGUAUUCUUGAACUCUACCAGUGCUACACAUCGAACG